AUCAAAAUAGAGCAAAAAAAAAUAAGCCACUGUUGGUAGCGAUGGUUCCUGAUACGCGUUAUAGUAGCUGAAUUUUCACGAGAAUAUAACUAGCCAAGCUACCGCCUCUAGGUCCCCUCGCCGUUUUCAUUUCAGAAACGAACGCCUUUGAACAACCUCUCUCCAGGGAAGACCUACAGACCGUUGCCAGAGCCGGACCGCAACCUGCAAAAUGCACGUCGCCACAUACUUUAUUCUCUCUUUCUUCGGCGCCGCCGACGGCCUGCCGACCUUCUCGGCAGAGAGGCGGCAGGCUAUCGACGUCAGCCCGAAUAUCGACCUCGGGUUAGGCCUUGAAAAUGCCAACUCGUGUUUCGGGAUAGGCAUCUCUGUGUGUGACCCCAUCACUGUCGAUUCUAAAAAGAAUAUGACAGUGACAGGAAAUGCCCCCCAACCCGAGGCCGGGGACGUUGAGGUGAACACACCUGAUAACAGCACGUCGGACAACAACCAGAUACUCAAGCUGAGCCCUGAUGUCAAGACAAAUCUCAACCUCAACAAUGACAACAGCUGCUUGGGUAUCGGAAUUAGCGCGUGCGAUCCUAUUACCGUCGGGUCAGAAAUCACCCAGACUGUCACCCACGACGGUGGCGAGAAGAAGGCAGAGGAGCCUAAGGAGAAGGCAGAGGAGCCCGAGAAGAAAGACGAGGAGAAGAAGGAAGAGAAGGAGAGCCACUAUCCAACCUCAGACCCUGGCUCUGGCACCAAGGAUGAGAACAAAUAUCCGACGACAGAACCUAAGGAGCACAAGAAGGGAGAUAACAAGAAGACUUAUCCUAGUUCGGAGCCAAAGGCCGAAAACAAGGAUAAGAGCUAUCCAGUUCAAGAGAAGGUCGACGACAAGAAAGAUAACAGCUACCCCACGAAGUCCGGCAGCAAAAAGACCGAUAACUACCCAACAUUCGAAAAGGCAGCAGAUAAGGCGACGACUGGGAGCUAUCCCGCGUCGGAGCAGAAGGCGGACGACAAGGACCCCAAGACCUACCCAACCACAGAAAAGAAGGCCCAAGACAAGGAUCUCAAGUCUUACCCCACAGCCGAGAAGAAGAUCGAAGAGGAGAAGCAUGGUGACAAGGAGCAUGACGACAAGAAGCACGCUCACAAACUGGUCGAUGCAGAGCCAAAGGUGUCACCAGAAGUCUCCGUGCCAAACAAAAACAAUUGCCUGGGCAUCGGCGCAUCGGUCUGUGAUCCCAUCACCGUGCACUCUAAGGUCGAUCAGACCAGUUGAUGACCCUCCCACAGCUACCUACUUAC